CCAUUGUUUCUAUGGUCUCUAAUCACUGAAACAAAGGCGAGCCCCUUAUCACCAGUGUUGGUGGUGGCCGACCAUCUUCAAACCCUUUUAUUAGGGUCUUUUUUCGCCGAUCCUUAUCCCCACGUUAGUAUAUUCUUGAGAACAUCAGUUUCAGCUUUUCAAGUGAAGCAUGUUUACCGGUAUUUUCACUCUUUUAACACUUUUGCCACUCGUAUCGCUGUAGUAAUUUUAAUUUGUUGUUUAGCUGUCGAGUUUAUCUCUGAUUGUAACCGUUCAAACUUGUCAGAUGUUUAAUUUAAUAUAAGAGUUUGGUGCACAAAAAAAAUCAAGCAACAACUAUGAACUAUCUCAAUAGACGAAAAAAAAAACUAUGAACUAUCUCAUCUAUUAAACAGAUAAAACCCACAAACACACACAUACAACAAACAAAACCAAACCAAACAUUAACAGAUAUCGCAGAGAAGAAAAACAUGACAUACCUUUCUCAUUGCUUAUAUGUGUGUCCAUUGCAGGAAGCAGACUUGUUCAUGGUCCAGCUUAUUCAAACCUAUCUGCUUUCUCUCCAUAUCAGCUUACGAUUUUUUUUCACCCAAGAUAUCUCUCGCUGACAAUAAACCACCAACAAAACUUGCCAUCGUUUUCCUCUUCACCUUUUCAAAGACAUCUAACGUAGAAGCAGAUACAUAAGGAAGUAAAUUUCCAUCAGUCGAACCCAAAAACGAGGGCCAAUAAAUCAUGCUGAUUAUUAAAAACUAUAGAAUAAACUUUAAAAUCAAUCGUUUUAGUAAUAUUCCGUUAAUACUCCUUCAUGCAUUUAUAAAUUAAAUGUAAACCCCUUAAAUAAAAUUUAGUUGCUGUCAGAAAAAAAUAUUAUUCAGUUUGGAUUCAGUUACUAAAUUCUGGUAGAGAGCCCAUUAAACGUGGUCAACGAAAUAAGUACUUGCCGUAAUAAACUCAACUCCAACGAAAACGACGACGUUACAGUCAACUUAAGAAACCACCUUCGUCUUGUCUUCUCAGUGUGAUCGAUCAGAGUUUCGCACUAAAACAAAAUGGCGUCCCGCGUUUUCCUCCUCCUCUCUCUCACCGCUCUUCUCAUCUUCUCCGCCGUUUCUCCUUCUCUCUCCGCCGACGUAGACGACGAGGAGGAUCUCAGCUUCCUCGAAGACCUCACCGAAGAAGUCAAAGCUCCCGCUAAGCCACUUACCGACGACUUCGAAGGAGGAGAGGACGAUGACGACGAAGAAGAAGACGGAGAACAUUUCUCCGAUGUAAGCAACCAAGAUUCUGAUCCGUUCCCGUUGUCGGAUGUCGACGAGAAAGACGUCGUGGUCGUCAAGGAGCGUAACUUCACAGACGUGAUCGAGAACAACGAGUACGUCAUGGUUGAGUUCUACGCGCCGUGGUGUGGUCAUUGCCAGUCUCUUGCUCCCGAGUACGCAGCAGCCGCGACGGAGCUUAAAGGGGACGGCGUCGUUUUGGCUAAGAUUGAUGCUACGGUGGAGAACGAGCUCGCUCAUCAGUAUAGUGUUCAGGGCUUCCCGACUAUUCUCUUCUUCGUAGAUGGCGAGCACAAGCUUUACACUGGUGGAAGGACCAAAGAGACAAUAGUGACGUGGGUGAAGAAGAAGAUAGGUCCAAGUGUGUAUAACUUGACGACGUUAGAUGAUGCUGAGAAAGUGUUGACUUCUGGGAACAAAGUCGUCUUGGGUUACUUGAACUCUUUGGUUGGUGUUGAGCACGAUCAGCUUGCUGCUGCUUCCAAAGCUGAAGACGAUGUGAACUUCUACCAAACAGUGAACCCUGAUGUGGCCAAGAUGUUUCAUAUUGAUCCGGAGUCUAAACGGCCUGCUCUUGUCCUAGUUAAGAGAGAAGAAGAGAAGAUUAGCCAUUUUGAUGGGGAGUUUGUUAAGUCUGGUCUAGUUAGUUUUGUGUCCGCCAACAAGCUUCCUUUGGUCACUGUUUUCACCCCAGAGAGCUCCCAGGAAAUUUUUGAGAGUGCAAUCAAGAAGCAGUUGUUGUUGUUUGCAACUGAAAACGGCUCUGAAAAGGUUCUUCAAGAGUUUGAAGAAGCAGCAACAUUAUUUAAAGGAAAGCUCAUAUUUGUAUCUGUGGAUGUGGAUAACGAGGAUUAUGGGAAGCCAGUUGCUGAAUACUUUGGUGUAUCUAGUAGCAAUGCUCCUAAACUUGUUGCCUUCACAGGAAAUGAAGAUCCUCAAAAACACUACUUCGAAGGCGAAAUCAAGUCAGAUAAAAUUAAGAUAUUUGGGGAAGAGUUCUUGAGCGACAAGUUAAAGCCUUUCUAUAAGUCAGACCCCAUUCCUGAAAAGAAUGAUGGAGAUGUGAAAAUCGUGGUUGGAGAUAACUUUGAUGAAAUUGUCCUGGACGAGUCUAAGGAUGUUCUUCUUGAGGUCUAUGCACCAUGGUGUGGGCAUUGCCAAGCCCUGGAACCAAUGUAUAACAAGCUUGCUAAACAUUUAAGAAGCAUUGAUUCUGUUGUUAUAGCCAAGAUGGAUGGAACAACCAAUGAACAUCCCAAGGCAAAGGCUGAAGGAUUCCCUACAGUUCUCUUCUUCCCUGCAGGAAACAAGACCUCCUCAGAACCGAUAACGGUAGAUGCAGACCGCACUGUGGUUGCAUUUUACAAGUUUUUGAGGAAACACGCAACGAUUCCGUUCAAACUUGAGAAGCCUGCUGCAUCAACUGAAUCUCCUACAGCUGCCGAGUCCACACCAAAAGUAGAAACUACUGAGACCAAAGGAAAGCUUGAGAGCACCACCACAAAGAGUACUGAAAGUGAUUCCAAGGACGAAUUGUGAUCCCAAGCUAAGCAAAAGGGUAUGAGUUAUAGAUAAAUACAUCUCCUUAAAGUUAUACUGCAUGAUCAGGUUAUAUUUAGUUUGACUUAAAGACAAUCUCAACUCUUGAAUCUGGUUUCAAAGGCCAGCUUAUAGAACUGUCAUACACUGAAGUAGGUGUGGUAACACAAACCAAAUUAAUAAAAAUCCAAUACUACUGCAAACCUU